CUACGAGCCUCAUUUUGGGAGGAAUCAAGUCUUCGUAAUAUGAUGAAAGAAGAUGGAAAACAUUAUUGUCAAUUCCUAAAAAAUAUUUUUAACCUGGCACCAUAUUUUAAAUAGUCCCUUGACUUCAUAAAUUGUGUAUAUUAAAACAGAGAAAAAUGGAACACUGCAUCUUCUACAAAUACUUAAUGGAAAGAUCUGGAAAAGACUAUUGCAUCUAUCUUGCAUCAGAUUUGGGGGGAAAAGUAUACAUUUAUUUGCUGAGCUAAAUUUCAGUUCACAUAUAAUACAGUAGAUCCUAAGUGGAAUAAAAAGAGAGCUUUUGUGGAUACUUGUGUUGAACAUGACUCAUGGAGAAGAUCUUGUCUCUGAGAUGCACCAAGAUUCCAUUGUUCUAACUUACUUAGAGGGAUUACUAAUGCAUCAGACAGCCGGAGGUUCGGGUUCUGUGGUUGACAAAAAGCCUACUAGUAAUGCUGAAGAUCAGAAUUUCAGCGUUUCUGGAAAUGCAUCUCCCAGCUGUCAGAGAGAUGGUGUUCCUAACACACAUACAUAUAGAAGUUCUGGAAUGUUGCAUCAUAAAAAGGCAAGAUUGCUACAGUCUUCUGAAGACUGGAAUGCUGAAAACAAAGGGCGAUUAUCUGAUUCUCUUGUGGAUAUAAAUGAGAAAAAAGAAGCAUUGUUGGCUGGCAUGGUUGAAAAUGUGCCUAAAAGCAAGCAAGAUAGCACGUUGCUGGCUUCCUUACUACAGUCAUUUAGCUCUAGGUUGCAGAGUGUUGCUUUGUCGCAACAAAUUAAGCAGAGCCUUAAAGAGCAAGGGUAUUCGCUCAGCAAUGAUUCCUCGCAGGUAGAGAAAGACUUGAGGUGCUAUGGUGUUGCAUCCAGUCACUUGAAAACUUUGCUAAAGAAAAACAAAUUGAAAGAUGAGAAACUGGAGACUGGUCUGCCAGAGCUAACAACAAAUCUAGUUCAAGAUCGGUUUAAAGAAUCUACACAUUCAGGACAGAGUGGUUCAAAAGCGAUGAAUGAAUCACUUUCUUGUGCUGCAAGAUUACAAGCUGUUGCAAACAUGGUAGAAAAAAGAUCUAGUCCUGCUGCAUCCCCUAAACCAAGUGUUGCCUGUAGCCAACUUGCUUUGCUUCUUUCAAGUGAAGCACACUUGCAGCAGUAUUCCAGGGAACAUGCUCUAAAAGCACAAAAUGCUAAUCAAAUCGCAAGUGAGAGACUUUCUGCUAUGGCAAGAUUAAAAGAAACUGCUCCAAAAGAUGUUAGUCAUUUUAAACUAUCAAAAGGAAUGGAAAGCCAUUUGAAUGGUCAGGCAAGAUGUUCAAACAAAACAAUAAACAAUAAAAGCAAUAUCACAAAUUUUCAGAGACAUAUGGGCAUAAUUCAUUCAUCUCCGAAAAUUAUAAACUACAAAACAUCAGAAAAAAGUCAUAUGAAACCACCUACUAACAGUAGUUUACUUUUGCACCUCCUGAAAAAUCAUAGUACUACUAAGCAGACCAAGCGAUAUGAACAAAAUGACAGGUCCAGUAUUUUUGAGGAAAGCAGUACACCAACCACUGUUGAUGAAUAUUCUGACAACAACCCAAGUUUUACAGAAGAUGAUAGUAGUGAUGAUGAAAGUUCCCAUUCAAAUUGUCUUCCUAUAGAUUUGUCUUUCAAACAAAAAACAAAUACUCAAGAUUCAGGGCAGCUAGAAAAUUUAACUCAAUCCUUGUUUCAUAAUUGGGAAUCUAAAGUCCCAUGUCUGGAAAACAUAGAAGAAAAGGAUACUUCUAAAAAUACAAAAUUGAAUCCACAUCAAAAAGUAACUUUACUGCAGUUACUACUCGGCCAUAAGGAAGAAGAAAAUACACCCAAAGUUAAAGAAACCGAAGGAACAUUAGUUCCAGCUGAUGUGGCGAAAUUUAAUUUUUCAAUGUGUAACAGAACUCCUAUUAUUGACUCUUCUAAUACUAAUCGAAUAAUUCCAGUACAUACUCCUCCUUUGCAAACUUCUGCAAAAGCAGAUUCACCUAUCAACCUUUCACACAAUUCUCCUUUAAUGGUAAAAUGUAAUUCACCGCCAUAUACCUGCAUCAUACAGCCUGAAAGACUAACUAAUUCAGCUUCUAAACACUUGAUAGAUCUUACUAUUCACAAAGAACUUCAUGGAAGUAAACAGAAUAAAAAAGAAACUUUACAAACACCUUCAUCUUUCAGUGCAAGUAAACUAUUGCAAAACUUAGCUCAAUGUGGGAUGCAGUCUUCCAUGUCAGUGGAUAACCAAAGACAAGCAAGCAAACAACUGAUGACUCCUAACACUGAGAAACCAGUAGGAUUGAUAGAUGGACUAAAUACUUCCCUGCUUCAUAAUGCAUCAUGUACACUUGAAAAAAACAGAAUGCUCACUAAUCAGUUUCUCCCAGGAGAACAAAAACUUCCCGGUUCAGAAAUCCAAAAUCUGCUAGAACGACGCACUGUGCUUCAGUUACUUCUGGGAACCUCCAACAAAAAUAUGAAUGAAACAAAGGAAAAAAUAUUUUUAAAAGACGAGAGUUUACAAGAUCCAACAGAAAAAGUUUUGAAUGAACAAAUACUAACUGUAAAAAUAAAAGCCGAGCCUUCUGAGGAAGAAUCCAGUGCCCUUCAGAAUUCAAAUGCUCAACAAAUAAUUGAAAAUGUUCAUAAAAAAAUUCCAGAAAUGACUCAUUCAUUAGAGAGAAAUAUAGCUAUUUCUCCAGCAUCAGAAGAAUUUCAGUCCCAGUCUCUUACAUCUCAAGACUUUUCCUUUUCAAAGAAUGGACUUCUAAGUCGAUUGCUGAGACAGAGUCAAGAUGGUUGCUCUGCAGAUAUCCUGGACAGGAGAAAUCAUGAACAGAGUUUUGUGGAAUCAAAAAGUCACAGUAUGCUCCCCAAAAAGAGAAAAUUGCAUUCUGAUUCUUUAGAAGGUCCUUUAAAAAUACUAAAAAGUAAUAAAGGUAGAAUAUCUGAUGUCAUGAACAAUCAUAAGUCUAGUGCAGAUGCUUUGUAUGGGAGCUGUCUUAACCAAAAAGAAUCUAAGUUCAUCAAAACUGAUUUUGAAAUAAAAUAUUCUUCAGGUUAUGGGUCAAAUAAUGAAAGUGAAAACAGAAGUUGGUCUAGAGAAAGUAAAGGAUUUAAUGUGCUAAAACAACUGCUUCUAUCAGAAAAUUGUGAAAAAGAUAUGUCUCAGCUUAGAAAUAAUUUAUCAGUAACAGAUGGCAAAAAGAAAGGAAGCAAACAUAACCUAACAAAUAAUGACAAACCUGAAUUCAAUGUUUCUCCUGUGCAUACCUUCAUGGGGAACCCCGGGCAACCAAGCAAUUUCUUGGACUACCAAACAUUUCAAUAUUCAGUUGCUAUGAAGAGUCCUGCCAGUUCUCCCUUCACUGAACAUUUGGGAGGCACAGUAUCAUCAAAACCAGAAUGUGACCAGUUUAGCAUUUGCCAUGUACCUAAUGAAAGGGGACCUCUAAAAUGGGUCAUCACUGAUUCUGACAAAAAUGACCUUGAGAGAGACUCCCCAAGACUGACCCAAACUAAUCCAAUAUUGUAUUACAUGUUACAAAAGGGAGGAAACCCUAUUAAUAUUCAGGAAACCCAUAGCAAAGAUGCUUGGAGAGAUAAAUCAUUUAUAGAAAAUUCAUCUUCUGUCACAAUGAAGAAAGAGUUGUCUCCUGUCACAGAAUGUAAAACAUUUCCUAAUAGAAGAAAUAUAUACAGUAGCCAUUCAAAUAAUAAGGUGUCCAUUCAACACAAUGGAGAAAUAUAUGGACACUUAGAAAAGGUAUUAACAAUAAAAAAAGAACCCGAAUAAGUUAAAAUCUUACAAAGUGUUUACAAUCAGGUUUAAAUAUUUUCGUUGAAUAAAAUAAUGUAAAUCUAGCAUGAUUUGAGAAGAGCAUGGUAUAGCUAUGGUUUUAUUUGAUGAAAUUUUUUUGCUGAUAUUUAAAAUGCAUACAGCUUUAGUUCUUUAUUUUUGCUUUACUGGAAAUUUAUCACAAUACAUGUCAUCAUGACUUGUUAAUUAUAUAAAUGUCCAUGAGUAAUUUGCAGCUGGAUUGUACUCAGUGAGUAACUGCUAUUACUGUCCUUGCACAUAAGUAUGUGCUUAUGUAAACCCAUAAUAUUUUCCUUACAUGUUUCAAAACCAUGAAAGUGAUAAAUCACAGACAUUUUAAAAAGCUGUAUGUGAUUUGUACACAUAGCAAACAAAAGAAAUCACAUGAGCAGAUUUUUUUACAUAUACUUGGACGAAUGUAGGAAUAACUAGAGACAAAAGCAACUGUAGUAAGAUAUGUAAAACAGGAUCUUUUUUGGAGAUACUGGUAUUACUCAUGUAAUGCAGUAUGGUUUAAAUAUAAGGUGGAAGUGCAUUGUUCAACAUAUAUAUUUUCUCUCACAACUGGGCUACUAUCAUCUUACAUUGUCUGCUCAUUUAUAAAAUGUGAAGAAUAUUUUUAUAUAUAUAAAUGGAUCAUCAUCCAAGCCAAGUCAUUUAUUUGUUGGUUUUGUAAUACUUAUCAGUGUUAACUAGAGAAUUGUACACAAUGAAAUUUCUAGUGCUUCCAAAUAGCUUGUAAUUUGUAUUUGCAUAAUCUGACAAAACCACAAGAAAUACUGUCUUUUCUUUAGUUGCCUCUUUCCUAGACACUCAGCUGAAAUAAAUUAAAAUCUAGGUUGUGACUUUAAAAAAUAAUGAAGCUGAAUCAUAAAUUACUGGCAGUAAAAGAUAAAUCUCUUUCAUUACUAUUAAUUGUUUUUUAUUUACAUUUAUUCAAAUUUUCCAGAGAAAUUAACAUAUGAAUAAAGUUGAAAGAUUCCAGACUCAUGCUUAAAAAAAGAAAAAAAAAAUCAUGAUAGUCAAUCUAUCAUUGUGAUCUAUUUUUCAUGAAUUCAUAUAUAUAAAAGAUUU